AUGGGUAAAAGCUCAACCACCAGACGCUCGCCAGCGUGCCCCACGUCCAGGCCCAGCUCCAGAAAAACUAUUUCCAGUGCAAACUGUGGUAGCACAAAAGUGUGCUUCAGUCAGCCUUCAGGAUGUGACCCAGCAUCCUCUUCUAGCUGCUACUUUAUGUCGGCCACGUCUCUCAGCGGUGCUGCCCUGGGAUAUGAAAUGACAGGUCCUUCUAGUGGAUACAUAGCUUUUGGAUUUUCAGAUGACCAAACAAUGGGAAACGAUGAUAUUUAUAUUUGUGGUGUAGGCAGUAAUGGACAGUUGUCAGUUCAACAUGCCUUUUCAACAGGACACACGACUCCACAAACUAUAGCUCUGGGGAACAUUUCUGAUAUAGUAACAUCAGUGCAGAAUGGGGUAAUCAGCUGCUCCUUCACAUCCAUGAAUACGAUUUCUACUCAAAGGACGACUGGCAUCAACCAAAUGUACUAUAUUUUGUAUGCCUAUGGACCCAGCAGCAAUGGAGUAAUCCAGACCCAUAAAAAUACCUUUGCCAGCAGUGCAAAGAUGGCUGUUUCCAAUCCUCAAAUUCUUCAAAAUGCUGAUGAUGAGUUUCCUCCAAUCAUGCAAGCACACGGGUCCCUGAUGCUGAUAGCUUGGAUGACCACCAGCUCACUGGGAAUGAUGGUGGCUCGAUAUUUGAAAGGAAUGGCCAAAGGAAAGAAACUGUGUGGCAAAGACAUCUGGUUUGUGGUUCACGUUACAGUGAUGAUUCUCACAGUUGUAGAAACCAGCAUUGCUUUCAUCCUUGCCUUCUCACAUGUUCAGGGUUGGGCUGAGGGAGCCCAUUCUGUGAUGGGCUGCCUGGUCAUGAUUUUGACAUUGAUCCAGCCCACACUGGCUCUGCUGCGCUGUGGACCACAACAUCCACGGAGGUUUCUGUUCAACUGGUCACAUGCUUUCAUUGCAGUAGCAGCAAAAGGUCUUGGUGUGGCAGCCAUAUUCACAGGUCUGCAGAUGAUUGACAGCACGGCAAACCAAUGGUUGAUGAAAGUGAUGGGUGGUUUUGUUGCCUGGGAUGCGUUGUUCUAUGCACUGUUGGAGCUCCUCGUUAGAUGGAAGAAAAACAGAGAUCCUUCUGCAAUCCGGGAUUCAACAAAAGUCCAUGUUAACCCUUUGCUGGUGGCUAUUUACUUCCUUGGAAACGUUUGUUUCUUGGUGGCUUUGCUGACAGGAAUUGGGGCCUCCUAAGCCUAAUGAGCCUCAAAGGAUUAAUUACUUAUUAAUUAAUAACUAACAACAUUACUGAGGCAUGUGCCGCAGUAUAGACAUGUUCUCCAAUAAAACUUCUU